CAUUGACAUACCUUUUCAAAUUGUAUGAUGAGUGUGUUGCUUAAAUUAUAUUUGGAGCAUCAUUAUUAUUCAUUUGGAUUCUGGUUUCUGGCCUCCUGGUAAAUUUACAUUCAAUAUUCACUCCCUUACAUCUCUGUUUUUGUUCACCACCAGCUCCUGAGAUGUAAAUACAAUAAGUACAUGUAGCUGCUGGCUGUAACUGAACAUUUAUCUUGCAGGCAACAUAGUGCUAGCGAUGCAACUAAAGCUAAAUGUAUAUUUUUUGUUCUCAUCAACAUGACUGUUCUCACUUUCCAACAAAUCAACAUUCUCGCUCAAUGAGCCCAAAAACACCCAAACACCUUAAGAGAAGUUAAUAUCUGCCCUUUUCCGUUGCCCCUGAUCGGUCAUUUAUUAUGCCCUCAUUGACACCUCCCAUCUAACAAAAACACUGCUGCAUGUUCGUCAGCUCUGCGUCAUUUCCUGCCGUCAGGUCGUAUGGAGAUGUUUUUGUGGAAGUGGGAUGUAGUCGUGUGCCAAAAACUCAUCAGAGGAUACCAGAGAUCAUGAGCAUGUUCAUGGUUGAGUAAUUCCCCAUGGGAGGAAAUCAUUUGGAGAGGGUGCCCAGUGUCAGAUGUCAGUAACAGUGCAUGUUGCCUAUAGGAGGACUCUUAUCACAAGCUGUAUUUUCACAAGAACAAUUAACUACAUUUUGCAAUGCAUUUCUGGAGCUUUAUCUCCUGUUGACAUAUUUAUUGUAUCUCUUCGUCUCCUGGGCCCUGCUCCGAGAACAUAUGAUGGCUCUUGAUGUGGCCCUGGAGCAGAACUUCCCUCUUCCUUUUCCGCUACUUUCUGGUAAUGACCAAGUCCACACGCCCCAGUGAACAGGAUCAACCCUAUUUAACCCUGUCAUCUGCCUCACAGGCACAUAAAACCGUGCCUCACUUUCCAUCGCUCUGCUUUCAUCCGACUCAACUCUGACAAGUCUUAAAUAUGAUCUGGCUUUGCAUCACAUCGCUGUUCGCAAUUACUCCAGUCACCUCUGAUCAAAAUACGGAAUCAAGCCGCAUCAGAGUUUUCCCAGCAGAAAACCAAAGUAUUGCUGGAGUUUUCAAGGUUAGUGGCUUGAAUGGCCUCAACCAGUCUCAGUACACCUUCAAUGCCUCUGAUGCUCGGAAGCUCUGCUCAUCCCUCGGAGUGAACAUUGCCUCAAAAGCACAAGUACAGGAAGCUCUGACUCGAGGUUUAGAAACGUGCAGGUUUGGAUGGAUUGAUGAACAUUUUGCAGUCAUCCCCCGCAUCAAUGCCCUUCCUAAUUGUGGCCAAAACCGCAAAGGCUUGGUGACAUGGCGAGCGUCUGUUACACGAAGAUUUGAUGUGUUUUGCUUCAAUGAAUCAGAUGCAGCGACACAAUUGAAGGAUGCAACAACUGAUAGUCUUUUGAACCAGAGGGAUUACUCUAAAGCAGCAAGUACUACCCGGACCACGCACUCUACAUCUUCCUCCUCCUCUCGUCCUUCUUCCUCCUCAACUUCUAAAACCAUUGGCAGUGAGGCACAACCAGCCCGGUUUGUUGGCAGUGCACAAAGCUCUACUGGAGUGACGGUGAUACUCAUCACCUCAACGUGUGCCCUUCUCCUUAUGACAAUGAUCCUCCUUGCGUACAUACAAAUGAGGAGGAGUCGUGCUCUGAGCUUUGACGUGAAGCAGCAGCAAGAAUACAUCCAGACAGAAGAGUGGACAUGUGUAAAGAACAUAAAGGAAACCAAGGAAACCGCUCUGGAAGAUGAGAGGAUAGAAGUGGAUGAUGACAAUGCAAGUUAAAUACAAUCUGAUGUGAUUGUUUUUAGAGGCACUACCAUGGACAACGACUGAAUAUUAUUUUUAAAGACGAACGCGUCAAUUGUUUUGUUUGAAAGAAAUGUAACAUAAUGGCCAUGAAGAGCUUUUAUUUUUGUAGGUGUGUGUUUUUUGAAUUCAUGUGAUAUGAUUACAUGGUGCAGUUUAGCCAUUAGAUGGCAAUGUUUGCUUUCCAAUAAUCAUUGUGAAGACAGAAUACCUUUUUAUUCUUUUGCCAUACAGUAUAUUGCUUCAGAUGAUGAGCAUUGAUGUAAAUGCAACAUUUCUAGAACAAUUUCAAACAUUUCUUAAAAAGUAAUUUGCCGUUAAGAACUUUUGUGUUUCCCUAAGCUUAAAUAUAUAUUCAUAUCUUUUCAAACCUCUUUAAAACACGCCACAGUAUUUUAGGGAGAGACGGAGGAAAUGUACCAGACAUCUGUUAUCAGAGUCGUCUCUCACAUUGUGUUACGUUCUCUCAAGCAUAAAUGUUCUCGUGUCUGAUGUACAGUAUAUACAGUAACUGUUUCUAACUGUUUCUUUGGCAUACCCCCAUUCACAAAAUGGAGUGUAAGGUACAGUUGUUUAUACAUUGUGGGUUUGUGUAAUCGCAAGUGAUUAAAUGUGUCUCUCACA